UGGCUGAGGAGGGACAAUAACAGCAGCCAAAUCAGAAGGACUCUGCCCUGACUGAAAGCAAAAGUGAGUGACAGCACAUGAUGGCAGCCUCGACUCUGUGGUUUCUCCUGAUGUGUACUGCCCUUGCUGGGCAAGGGUCAGAGGCUCAGGAUUGUGGAAUGGCACCUCUGAACACAAGAAUUGUGGGUGGUGAGAAUGCCACAGCUGGGGCAUGGCCUUGGAUGGUCAGCCUGCACAUCAAUUUUGCAGCACUUCACAUCUGUGGGGGGACCCUCAUCAGUGACCAGUGGGUCCUCACAGCAGCCCAGUGCAUCAUAUUGAAUUUUCCUAGUGUAUGGACUCUCUACUUCGGACGAGAGACUCAGUCCGGCCCUAAUGUUAAUGAGGUGAACCGCACUGUGUCCCAGAUCAUCAUCCAUCCUGACUACAACAAUGAGCCGUUCAACAAUGACAUUGCCCUGAUGAAGCUCAGCAGCCCUGUCACUUUUAAUGACUACAUCAGACCUGUCUGCUUGGCAAGUAACUCCAGCGAGUUUCAUAACUCCACCCCCUGCUGGGCCACUGGUUGGGGCUCACGUAACAGGACUGAGCCCCCCUUUGACGCACUGCAGGAGGUUCAGGUUCCUGUCAUUGGAGAAAAUCAGUGCAGUUGUAACUACCUCUCAAUUGUUAACAUCACUGACCAAAUGAUUUGUGCGGGAGAAGAGAACAAAGGAAUAUGUCUGGGGGAUGGUGGUGGACCUUUGCAAUGCAAACAAAACACCAAGUGGAUCCAGGCUGGCAUUACCAGUUUUGGAGUACCUUGUGCUCUGGGUGAUUUCCCUGAAGUCUAUGCCCGAGUGUCUGAAUUCCAGGAUUGGAUCAUGGAACAAGUGGCGGGGUCAAAUGUUAGCUUUGUGUCAUUCACCUCCAGUGGCACCGACCCAGAUGACAGCUUUGUGUGUCCCAGCUUAAAUGCAACCACAGUGGCGCCAAAUAUAACUGCCACAGCAGCUCCAAAUAUGACUGCCCCAGUGGUUCCAGCUUUGAAUUCCACAGGUCCUCCAACUACAUCUUCCGCACCAUCAACUGUUGCAGCUGAGCUCGGAUUGAUGAUCAUCUUGGUGACAGUGUUCCUGCAGCACAUUGUAGCUAUCUAGCAGGGUUUUGCGCACACAACUUCUUAUGUCUUCUUCUGUUGUGUUGGGUUAUGUUUGUCUUUUAAAUCAUUUAGCAAAGGUUGUACUUACAUAGAACAUCAUGACGAUUGUGGCAGAGUUCGUGUGGUGAAAGUGUCACCACACUGUAGAUGUGGAACAAAUUUUGGUCUCUGCUGAUUUUUUUUUUCUUCUGCAUUGCACUUAAUUAUUUCCUACUGGCCUAUUUUUACGUACCACAAACUUCACUGAACAUACAACACAUCUUCUCUAACAAGGCAGUCAUUCUUAUAGAUGAUGGUAUAGAGCCAUCCAUGUUAUCAGUGCCAUCACAGUGCAGUUAAUAAACCAUUGUCAGGUUUUUCUCUAUCAGUCAUGAUGGGUUAAAAUAAAAGACUAACUUUAAAAUCUGCCCUCUGUAAAUGUGAUGUGUAAAUCUUGACAGGCAGAUAAAUGCUUCGUAGCAUCAAGAUAAAACAUACAAAAAGCAUAACUCUCUGCAUGCUUGUAACAUGUACACACAAAUAUACCAACUCAAUCUUCAAAAUGAAUUGCCUCUCACCCUUUCUUUCAAAUCUGUAACAGAUUGUAUGUAUUUGUUGUAUACUUAAGUUCAAAUGAAGUAUAUGGGAUUAUAUCUUAACAUGCAAUUAAUCAUCUUUCCAUUUAGUUACAGGGCUGGGGAGUAACAACAUAACAGAAUGACAGAAAUAAGAGUGAACGUAUUCUGUUACAGUUUCAAUUAGUUGUAUUCUGAAUACAGUCUUUAAAAUAGAUUACUUUAAGUAAUUAUUGUUUUUUUUUUUUGCUCUAAUACCAUGUCCUGCAUGAAUGCGGGGUGAACAAGUGUCAGAAAGAAAGUGUUUGAUUGCAUUGUUUUCAACUGAAAUUUUCUAACAGGAUGCAAGCGACGCAGCGCUGCUGUUUUGAGGGAAGCUUUGUCGGACAUCCUGUUUCUAUUUAUUAGCUGACGGGAUGAAGAAUGGCUGAUUCUAACAUCUCAUUUAGCGACAAAAACCUAAACCCAGGGGUGUCGGUGGCUUAGUGGUAGAGCAGGCGCCCCAUGUACAAGGCUGUUGCCGCAGCGGCCUGGGUUCGAAUCCAGCCUGUGGCCCUUUGCUGCAUGUCAUCCCCCCUCUCUCUGUCCCCCUUUCACACUUACCUGUCCUGUCCAAUAAAGGCAAAAUGCCCUAAAAAAAAUCUUUAAAAAAAAAAAAAAACCUAAACCCAGAUGGCAGCUGGCUGGAAGGUGAUCGCCAGGGAGCUGAAA